GACUACACCCUAACACCGUCACCAACAUGCAGGCGGAGGACUACAACCGCAGAGGUAAGGAGAUGGUGGACUACAUUACCCAGUACCUGAGCUCCAUUCGUGAGCGGAGGGUGAUUCCCGACGUGAAGCCUGGAUACAUGAAGGAGCUGCUGCCAGACUCCGCCCCCUCCGAGCCAGAGGAAUGGGACAACAUCUUCAAUGACAUCGAGAAGGUCAUCAUGCCUGGGGUGGUUCACUGGCAGAGUCCUCAGAUGCACGCGUACUUCCCCUGCCUCACCUCUUGGCCCUCUCUGCUCGGGGACAUGAUCGCAGACGCUAUUAACUGUCUCGGCUUCACUUGGGCGUCGAGUCCAGCCUGUACAGAACUGGAGAUCCAUGUGAUGGACUGGCUCUGCAAAGCUCUGGGUCUGCCCUCCUUCUUCCUCCAUCACCACCCGGACAGCAGAGGAGGAGGCAUACUGCAGUCCACAGUGAGUGAGAGCACUUUAGUGGCUCUUUUGUCGGCACGGAAACACAAACUGCUGCAGCUCCGAGCAGAAUUGGACCAGGACGUGGACGACUCCAUCCUCAACACGCGACUGGUGGCCUACGCUUCAGAUCAGGCUCACUCCUCUGUGGAAAAAGCGGGACUCAUUUCUUUGGUGAAAAUCCGUUUUCUUCCAAGUGACGACCUGAAUUGUCUGAGAGGAGACACCCUGCAAGAGGCCAUCGAGGAGGACAGCAGGAACGGGCUGGUCCCGUUCAUGGUGUGCGCCACUUUAGGAACAACUGGAGUCUGUGCCUUCGACAACCUCUCCGAGCUCGGACCAAUCUGUGCUGCAGAGGAGCUAUGGCUUCACGUGGACGCGGCGUACGCUGGCACCGCCUACCUCUGCCCUGAGCUGCGCUGGUCUCUGAAAGGGAUGGACUAUGCCGACUCUUUCGUCUUUAACCCCUCCAAGUGGAUGAUGGUGCACUUUGACUGCACGGCAUUUUGGGUCAAGGACAAGUUCAAACUGCAGCAGACUUUCAGUGUGGAUCCUGUUUACCUCAGACAUGAAAACUCUCAGGCCGCCACUGACUUCAUGCAUUGGCAAAUUCCUCUUAGCCGGCGUUUUCGUUCCAUAAAACUGUGGUUCGUCAUGCGUUCAUUUGGACUGAAAAAUCUCCAGGAGCAUGUCCGACAUGGCAUCGAGAUGGCAAAGCUUCUUGAGAGUCUGAUCAGGAAAGACCCAAACUUUGAGAUCCCUGCGCCGAGACACCUUGGGCUGGUUGUGUUUUGCCUAAAAAGGGGAAAUGCUUUGACUCAGGAGCUCCUGAGCCGUCUUACCCGCUCUGGUACCAUGUACCUGAUCCCAGCUGAAGUGGGCUCAAAACGCAUUAUCCGAUUCACUGUUACCUCCCAGUUCACUACAGAAGAAGACAUCCGCCAUGACUGGGGUAUUAUCUCCAAAAUGGCCACGGCUCUUCUGUCUGAAUCCCCGACUAUAUUGAGAGAUGGUGAGAAGAAGGAACAUCUAUCUAAUGGCUCUAAUGAAUCCGAAAUCCCACAAGAUGAUGGUCCGAGUCCUUUAGCUAACUUCCCUCUUGAGUUGUGGCUCGACAAAGCCUGGACCAAACCCCGGAGGCCAAUGCGUUCACUUAGUUGCAGCAGUGAACCUCUGCCUUCCAUCUACAAUAUAUAUCAUUCUGAUCAAAAACCGUCUUGUAAUGACAGCAUUUCCACCCUCCUGCCUCCUAUUCCGACCACAUCCUCUGGUCCAAUGUAUACAAUCACAGAGAUGCCUCCAAAUGCUCUGGAAAAAUUGGAAAUGGGAAAACAAGUCAAGAAGCUUACAAAGUUUAACAGCGUUCCCAGUUUCUGUAACGCAUGGGUACAAUGUGGCCGUCAUCCACUCUGCUGCCCCCUAAAGGCGAACCAGGAUAAUCAGAAGCACUUGUCCUCACAAUUUCAAAGUAUACGCUGUGGCUCUAAUCCAGUUACGUCAAACAACAAUGCGACUGCUAAUGCUCCCCAAGAGAAUGGCACCAAUACUGCGCUGGUACAGGGACAGUAA